AUGGCACCAUUAAUUACAUUUUUAAAAGUAUUAUUUCUAAAUACAAUACUUUAUGAAAACUGUAGGACUGAUCAGAUUUAGGAUUGUAGAUAUACAGAUUUUUUAAUUACUGGAGCUACCUCUUCAACUAUUGAUAGAUGUGGUUCAGGUUCUUAAAGCUUAUACUUGGGACCAUAUGGGUUUAAGACAACUGUAACAAAAACCUUUACUAAUCUAACCCCUAAAAGUAAUCUAUAGUUAUCAGUUGGUAUAUGGAAAUUUGACACUUGGGAUGGGGAAGGAGUUUAAAUUUGGGCAAAUGAUGUUCUUUUGGGAAAUAUAAUUAUUGGUCAUGAUGAUGGAACGAGAUUAUGUAGAACCAAUGUAGAUAAUGACUUAUUAGUACACGUGACAAAAUAAUUUUAAGUUUAAGAAACAAGUUUGACAAUUAAGUUUGUUGAUGAUUUGAACGAACCUCUAAAUAAUGGUAAAUCCUUAAUGAUAAUAAAUUAGAAUCCUGGGGAUUUCGCGAUUUGAUUAUUUAAAUAUUUAUCCCAUGCAUUAAUCUCUAUAGUGAAUGCAAUUAUUAAGGAAAUUUAUAUUAAAUAUGUAAAGGGGAAUAAUUAUAAUCAUCAAAAAAUAUUCCUUUUGAGAUUAAAUCAAUCUAACUUAGUCCCAAUACAUAAAUCAAAUUAAAGAGUCCUCAUUACUUUGGAGGAAAUUAGAUUGAAUUUACUACUUCUCAACCUUGCUUAGAUAGUUUUAAAGUAAUUUUUAAGAAAUUAUGCUAGUUUCCUAAAUAUAUGAAACCAAAUUGAACAUAUUUAAG